AUGCCAACUACUCCUGGAGCCACCCAAACUGCUUCAAGCUCUAAUGUUUCGGAGCAAUAUAAAAAGCCACACAUCAAUCCACCAGCUCAUUUUAAUGCAAGUGCUAAGGAUGCAGCCGAAGAGUGGAAGAUGUGGCGUCAAAUGUGGGACAACUACUGUGUCCUCACAAACCUUGCAAGCCAACCUGAGGCUUACCAAACUGCUCUGCUGCUCCACAGUAUUGGCACGGAGGGUGUACGCAUAUACAAUGGGAUGAAAUUUGAUAAUCCUGCGGACAAUCAGAUCUGCUCAAAGAUUCUCGAGAAAUUUGACUCUCAUUUUCUCGGCCAACGUCAAGAAUUUUUUGAGCGCUUCAAAUUCAACCGUCGCAACCAAGACGAAGGUGAGCCUAUAGAGCAAUACAUCUCUAUACUCCGCACCAUGAGCAAAACAUGUGGACUCUGUGCCUGCAUGAAAGACAAACUCCUAAUGGACCGCCUCCUAAUGGGAGUACUAGACGACAAAAUGAGAGAGAAAAUGAUGGCAACUCACGACCUCACACUGACAAAGGCCAUUGAGAUCUGCAAAGCUGUUGAGGUUGCAACCGUGCAGAUGAAGGCGAUGAAGAAGGAGGAAACUGUGCACAAAGUGAGGCCAAAGAAAACUGACAAAAAGCCACGACAGCCGAAGCAGCGUCCUCCUCGUAAAGCCCCAGUGAACGAAGGCGGGAAGCCUAUCUCUAAGCGAUGCAAGUUCUGCAGUGGGAACCAUCCCAUGAAAAAGGAACUCUGUCCAGCCUGGGGCCGCACCUGUGAUUCAUGCGGUGUAAAGAAUCACUUCAAGAAAUCCAGAGUUUGCAAAAAUCACCGUGUCCAUGCAGUAGAUGAAGACGGCUACACUUCGUCUUCAGGAGAGAGCGUGAGCUGUGUCACCACUGACAUUAACUCAGUAACAGACGACAGCAAGCCAGUAUACUGCACCAUGGAGAUCAAGGGUGAACCUGUGAAGUUUCAGGUUGACUGUGGCGCAACUAUCAAUCUGAUUCCCAAGAAAUAUGCCAUGGAGAUCUCUCCAGCGCGAAUUGAGCUCAAGAUGUGGAACAACUCCUGUAUGACUGCUGUCGGCAGAAGCACCAUAAAACUUCGCAAUCCAGUGACGCUGAAGAAGUACAAAGUCAACUUCGUGAUCGUGGACAAGGACCUCACACCUCUCAUAGGUCGUAAGGCCGCCGAACAGAUGGGUCUCAUUACCAUCAACUACGACAAGUUCUCACAAGUCCAUGGUGUUACCCCAACUCAUGCUGAUUUCGUCAGUGAGUACCCUGAUGUUUUCAAUGCGUCCGUCACUGGCAUUCUGCCUGGCCAAAGAGUGCACCUUACGGUCAGCUCGGAUGCCGAACCUGUCAUACGCCCUGCACGUACAGUUCCAGAAGCACUCAAGCCUGCUGUCAAGGCCGAGCUCGAGAAAUUGACAGACCGAGAUGUGUUAGCAGAAGUGGAUGAGCCAACUAACUGGGUCAGCCAAAUGUCUGUAGCCAAGAAGAAAUCCGGCUCUGUCAGAAUCUGCAUUGAUCCUGGUCCCCUGAAUAAAUACCUCAUGAGGGAGCACUACACUCUCCCGGUACUGAACGACAUCCUGCCAGAGCUAAAUGAGGCUACUCAUUUCUCCAUCUGUGAUCUGAAAGAUGGCUACCUGCACUGCGAGCUUGACGACGAGUCCAGUAAGCUGACUACUUUCGCCACUCCUUGGGGCAGAUACCGUUGGAAACGGUUACCAUUUGGCCUGAAGGUGAGCAGCGAGAUCUUUCAGAAGAGACUGCAUCAAGCCCUUGAUGGUCUUGAAGGCGUCCGCUGCGUAGCAGACGACAUCAUCAUAUGGGGCAGAGAUGUCGAAGAGCACAAUCGUCGUGUUCGAAAAUUGCUGCAACGAUGCAAAGAGGUGGGAAUCAUCCUCAACAGAGAGAAGUCUCGCUUCACUGUGCACGAAGUGCACUUCCUGGGCCAUAUAAUCUCUCACGAUGGCCUAAAAGCUGAUCCUUCUAAGAUAGAGGCUAUAAUCAACAUGAAGCCCCCGACGAGCAAAGAUGACGUUGACAGGCUUAGAGGUAUGGUGAAUUACCUGUCCAAAUUUCUCCCUAGUCUGUCACAGGUGAUGGAGCCUAUAAAUGCACUAACCCGCAAAGGUGUCGAGUGGUCAUGGAAUGCCUGCCAUGACAAAGCAUUUGGUAAGCUGAAACAGUUGCUGACCGAAGCUCCAGUCCUGACCUACUUCAACCCUGAGAAGGAGCUCGUUAUUCACACUGAUGCUAGUGAUAGAGGAAUUGGGGCUGCUCUUCUUCAAAAUGGAAAACCCCUUGCUUAUGCCAGCCGAGCCCUGAGCGAUACCGAAACCAGGUACGCAGUCAUUGAGAAGGAGAUGCUAGCUGUGGUGUUUGCACUUGAGAAGUGGCACCAAUACACAUUUGGACGACAUGUGACUGUCUACUCUGACCACAAGCCACUGGAGAGCAUCGUGAAGAAACCCCUUGACAAGGCACCCCGUCGCCUACAGGGAAUGCUCUUGCGAGCAUUGGCCUAUAACGCUGAUGUAAACUAUCUUCAGGGAAAGAAGAAUCUAAUAGCUGAUCCCCUCAGUAGAUCGUUCCUACCCUACGAGUCUAGCCAAAAGGAGUUCGAAACGGUGAAUGCACUCCAGUACCUGACCCUACCUGAGGAGCGGAUAUAUGACAUCAAACAGAUGACUGGGAGUGAUGAUGUUCUUCAACUCUUGAAGAAAUCCAUUCAGGAGGGAUGGCCAGAACAUAAGAAUCUGCUUCCUGCGCAGAUUACUCCAUAUUUCUCCGUCCGUGAUGAGCUCUGCGUCCAUGAUGGCCUAGUGUUUCGGGGUGAGCGACUUGUGAUCCCGAAAGCCAUGAGACAGGUCAUCAAGCAAGAUCUGCAUCUGGGCCAUAUCGGUGUGGAAGGCACUUUGCGAAGAGCAAGAGAAUACGUCUUCUGGCCUGGUAUGACAGAUGAAAUCCGUCAGUGGAUCGAGUGCUGUGAGACAUGCAGAGAAUACGAGGUGUCCCAAGCUCCACUUCCACUGAUGUCCCAUGACAUACCCGAACGACCCUGGGAAAAACUUGGCAUAGAUCUUUUCCACCAUGAUGGGAAAGAUUACCUCAUCACUGUGUGCUACAAGUCAAACUUCUGGGAGGUGGAUCGUCUGCACAGCACAACUGCCAGAUCAGUCAUUGGCAAGCUCAAACAUCAUUUUGGCAGAUACGGCAUACCAGACAUCAUAGUCAGCGAUAAUGGUCCACCAUUCUCUUCAAAGGACUUUGGUGAUUUCACACGAAAGUGGGGAAUCAAACACAACACCAUCUCCCCAUACAACAGCAAGGCAAAUGGAAAGGCUGAGUCUGCAGUCAAGUCUGCAAAAAAGAUGCUGAAGAAAUGCCUUGCCACAGGUGAAGAUGAAGACCUUGCCCUGUUGAACAUCAGGAACACACCAACUCAAGGCGUUGACUCCAGCCCUGCUCAACGAUUCCUUGGGCGGAGAACAAAGACACUGAUACCAACAUCACGACGCCUACUCCAAGCCAGAGGUUCCGAGGGCAAACGCGAGAUGAAACAGUUGGAGCUGAACCAGAGGAGACAAGCGAAAUACUACAACCAAUCCACAAAAGACCUGCCCUCACUGAUACAAGGUGACACUGUGCGCAUGAAACCGUUCCGGCAAGGAGAAGACCGUUGGAAGAAGGCACUCGUUCUGCGCAAACUUGAUGAGAGAUCCUAUGAGGUGCUUCAAGAUGACCAGGUUUACAGACGAAACCGAGAACACCUGAGGAAGUCAAAGGAACCACCCCCAAAACAACAUAAGCCUAGUACUGGAAACACACUGCACGUCCCAGAAGGAUGUCCCAGAACCACUGACUCCCAGAAGGAAGUCUCCAUCAAACCAGACAUGACUCCAGUACCACCCAAUCCUGUCCCAGCCGCACCACCUACUAACUCCAAAAUCCCAACAUCGUACGAUCCGACAACCACCCCCACUGAACAGCCCACACUGCGAAGAUCCACUCGCACUCGAUGUGAACCAGCUAAAUUCCAAGAUUAUACCGACUUUGAUGUACCACUUGAAGUAGCCGAGAACCCCCUCCUCGAUGCUGCCCUACCUGCUGUAAUCCCUGGCCUAGGUGAUGAGGACAUCACUACCUACAAGACGGUGGAGUCCGGCACGAAACGGGGUAAAGUCAUCUUGGUUGAUAGUCACAGCUACACCUACACGAAGAAGUGGAAGAAGGCCGGUUCCACUUCUUCCAAAGUCACAUGGCUGUGUAGUGUCCGGGGCAAGUUGCACAGGUGUGCCGUGUCUGUUCACCAAGAUGGCAACCUUUUUCAUGCUGGGGUUCACACCAAGCAGACGCACCCAGCGCAUCCCGGGGCAGACGUCACAGUUCAAGUGAAGGCGUUGGUGAUAACCAAGGCCAAGGCUGACAUCUCCAAAUCAGCAGGGGCCAUUGUCGAGGAUGUCAUCACCACACAUCUUCAACCUGACACACCCGCUGCAAGUUGUCCUAAUCCAACCAACCUGUCCCGGGCUGCAAACCGUCACCACCAGAGCCAGCGCCCUCCCGAGCCACGAGACAUUGACCUUAUAAUUGACCAAGGCUUCAUCCCCGAACACUUCCUCCAGAAAGACAUUCACCUCGGUUGUGCUCGCCAUGUGGUGUUUUUUUAA